AUGUUUCGCGCGGCAGUACGCUCGACGCCGCGGGCCUUGCGGCAGUCUUCGGUCGCCUCCGCCGCGGGCCGGAGGUUCGCAAGCACAGCACCCGCCGACAGGAGCCAUUCAUGGAAGGGCUCUGCGGUCAGAUGGAGCUUGGCGAUAGGCGCUCUGUACUGGUACAACACCAGUCCGAUUUUUGCAGACGAGCUGCCCUCACGCCUGUCCCCCGAACCAGCCCAUUUCUCCGAGGCAGAUCUACCUACCGUUGACGCGAUAGUCGAGGAGAAGCGUAAACAGCUUGAGGCCAAGCUGAAGGCCAAGGAGGAGCAGGCGGCGGCCGCCAAGUCGUCGCAACAAUCUUCUCCGCCACCACCAAAGAAUGACUCCACGGCUGUCGCAACGCCCGGCGAUGUGGAGAAGACGCCUGAGCAGUUGGAGGAAGAAGCAGGCCAGCAGGGCGCAUUCAACCCCGAGACGGGCGAGAUCAACUGGGACUGCCCAUGCUUGGGCGGGAUGGCCCACGGCCCUUGCGGAGAGGAGUUCAAGGCGGCAUUCAGCUGUUUUGUCUACUCCAACGAGGAACCUAAGGGCAUGGACUGCAUUGACAAGUUCCAGCACAUGCAAGAUUGCUUCCGAAAAUACCCCGAUGUCUAUGGCGAGGAGAUAGCAGACGAGGAGGCCGCCGAGGCCGAG